AUGAUAACACCAUCUGUAUCGUCGUCUGCUUCUGAGAUUGUUACGGCUGCCAGAGCGCCAGAAUAUCAGCUUGAAGCACCCCAGUCUAGUUCCCGACGACCAAGACUCCUGUCCCUACCUCAACUAGCAUCGCAACAAUCCCAAGACGAACGACCACGACACGAAGAACAGUCAAAGUUCUGCAGUGAUAGUCAUCGACGACAACAACUAGUUAAUGCUGAGGAACGAGAUGCGAUAAAGCAUCAAGUGUUUGUUGAAAAUGAUAAUGGUGUCAAGUCUAAGUCAAAAGCCCAACUGAAAUACACUCAACGUCGUCAACAAUUCGUUUGUCGAAUCGAUGACUCCAAUCAAAAAAACCAUUCACCAGCAUCGUGCAUACCACUGUGCACCACAAGCAAAUCACCACAUCAAAUCUUGACCACACUAAAUAGCAAAAAUCCUACAGCAGCAGUAAACAAUCAAGCCAUUAUUAUCCGUUCCCAAUCGUCUGCACCAGUAAUAAGCACUCAAAGAGCAGCCGUUCGGGUGCUCACCUCAACUGCUGGAGGCGGCGGCGGUUGUUUCGAUGGUGCUGCUUACAGUGGCGGCGGCGGCGGCGGCCCUGGCCCUGGCCCUGGCUCUGCUACGGGCGGCCCUAGUUUAGGUCUAGGCUCAUUCUCGUCACUCUCGCAAACUAGUCCUCCACCACCGCGUCGUACACCGACCGGUAAAACACUUAUUGUACCGCUAGCCACCAAUAAAGGUCGAGCACCAUUAGCGCCUUUACUUGGAACAGCAGCAGCAGCAGCGGCAGACGGUCGUUUGACAUCGCAGUCAUCACUGGAUAAUGCAACAUCGAAAAGUUUUACGACAAUACCCGAGGAUGACGAUGAGCUCAAAUAUCAUUCGUCGUCGUCGUCGACUGAUGCGGCAGCAUCCAACGAUGGUGUUCUGCACACCCAAACAACCCUAGCGAACAGAUCAACGAAUCGUUUGUAUGAUUCGGCUGAUCUGAUAUCGAUUGAUCGAACGUCCAUUUCAUGUGCGGAAUCACGUCCGUUACAUUAUAAUUGCCUCAGUGGAGUGUCUUUACCUCCGUCAGCGCCCGAGUUUGAGAUUCCAGUACCGUCGUACGCCCCUCCGCCACCGCCUGCACAAACCGCCUUAUCGGAUCCAGCCCUGUAUCGACCGUCGUUGUUUAUUCGUUCGCCGAAAUCGAUAUCAAGACGUGAAUUUUUAACGAUGACGGCGGCAGCAGCAGCAACUGCGGACAGCAGUAAUAAUAGCAGCAGCCAAAUGAGUGGCCAAACAAGAACACGAAAAAGUCCUAGUGGGGACUCUUUGAAUUCGUUCAGUAGGUCAGUUAUCAGAAAACAACUCAAAUUGUUGAAUCAACCGACAGCCUAG